AUGAGUUGUUCAACGCCAGCUAAUCCUUUUAAAGCGGAAAACCCAUUUACAUCAAAGUCUGCUUCAUCUGUAGACUCAUCAAUGCAUGUGGAGAGUCCAGGUCGGCGAUUUCUAUCAGCGAGCUUGUUUGCAUCGCCGCUGGAUCCGUCAGUACAUGAUAGCAGUGCAAGUCACUGAUUUCGCUCCAAAAACCCGUUCGCAUCGGAGAGUCAACAGGAUACUUACUCCACUGAUUUGUUUACACACCGCCCGAAGUUAAGCAAGCCUAUUAAAAAUCCUGCGGAUUAUGAUGGUACUCAGUCGCUACGUGAUUAUUUGAAACACUUUGAGCGUUGCUCUGUUGUUAAUGGUUGGAACCAAGAAGAAGCCGCUCUAUUUCUUGCUGCAGGCCUUCGAGGAGAAGCCCAAAAGGUGCUUAAUGGUAUGUCUGAUAGCGAUUGUCGAACUUACGCCAAAAUUGUUGAAAAAUUGGAGCUUCGGUUUGGUGUUGAAAAGCAGCGUGAGUUACACCAAGUACGCCUUCAUAACCGUCGCCAACUGGAAAACGAAAGUGUUCAAGCUCUUGCUGCAGAUAUUCGCUCUCUGUCAAGUUUAGCUUAUCAGGACUUAUCUCCGGUCACUCAAGAAAGAUUUGCCGUCCAGCACUUCAUUGAUGCACUCAAGGAUCGAGACGACAGGCUUAAAUUACGUAGAGAUAAACCUCGCACCUUAGAUGACGCCCUGUCGCUGGCUUGUGAACUUGAGGCGUUUCGUCUCGUGGAUGGAGACGAGCGGAGAAGCCCUCUUCAUGUUCGCUCUGUGGAUGAAGUUGAUAAAGAGCCUGAUUUGCUUAAAGCUCAGCUGGAUAUGUUACGUUCUGACAUUCGAGUGCAACAACAACGUCAGGAGACUCAGCAAGUUGCUAUGCAACAGUUAGUUGAGCAGAUACCGCAGCUCUCCAAGUCGCUCUCUUUGAACACCUCUGGUAGCCAACAGCGAUUACCUCCUUCACGUUACUCCAACCGCAAUGUUCAAUGCUAG